CAUAGCUACCCUCUCUACUCUGGCUGCAUCUAAGAGACCUUUGGCCACUGGCUACUGGAAGGAGAGCUUCAUAUCCUAGGGUCCCUGUUAUGGAAUUAAUCUCCCCUCCUCCUUGCUGGCGUGGGGUGGGGCCUUCAGUACACAAGCCUGAGGACAUGGUUGCACUGUCCAGGGGCCCAGCUAGGGAUGUGCCCUUGAGCUCAGGAUGGGUGGUGGGGGCUGGGGGGGAUCAGCAGCCCUGGAACAGAUCAAGGGGCAUCAGUUCCUGCUGUCUCCUCUGUUUACAAGCUGCUAUCGUCCCUGAGCAAGGGGGAACAGGCGGGGCAGAGGGCACUGCCAAGGUGGCACGAGGCGGGACAUGUGCCUGGUGUGAGUUGGUAUCUGCCGAGUGUCAGGCACCUGGAAUUGCUCCUUUGAGGCCCCCAAGCCCCCACCAGAGCAUCCUGAUCCCUUGAGAAGCUGACCUCUGACCUAAAGGCAGCUAGACUCCAGGGACCCCCUGCCCCCGCCCUGACUCAGAGCCCCUACACAAGUGAGUCUUGGCUCUGCUUAUAGCAUCUGACGCCAGAGGGGCUGAAAAUAGCCCCUGGAGAAGGGGGAGAAGGGGACUAUUUAAAGGGCCCAGGAGACGCAGAGUGGUGUAGAGGGAACAAGGAGUGAUCAUGGCCACUGUGGAAAUGAGCUGCCAGGUAUCAGAGGAGAACCGGGAGCGCCGGGAGGCCUUCUGGGCUGAAUGGAAAGAUCUGACUCUGUCCACAAGGCCGGAGGAGGGCUGCUCCCUGCAUGAGGAGGAUAGCCAGCGGCAUGAGACCUACCACCGGCAGGGGCAAUGCCAGGCCCUGGUGCAGCAAUCCCCCUGGCUGGUGAUGCGCCUGGGCAUCCUGGGCCGUGGGCUGCAAGAGUACCAGCUGCCCUACCAGCGAGUGCUGCCGCUGCCCAUCUUCACCCCAACCAAGUUGGGAGUCGCCAAGCAGGAGCGCGAGGAGACCCCCAUCCAGCUGCGGGAGCUGCUGGCGCUAGAGACAGCUCUGGGUGGCCAGUGCACAGAGCGCCAGGACGUGGCUGAGAUCACCAAGCAACUGCCUCCCGUGGUCCCUGUCAGCAAGCCGGGAGCCCUCCGCCGAACCCUGUCCCGCUCCAUGUCCCAGGAAGCACAGAGAGGCUGAGAGGGACUUGACUUGGGCUCCACCGUGCCUACCCUGGGCUGGGCCCAUCCUGGCUAGGACCAUGGAGCUGCUGGCCGUGGCUGCUUUGUAGUUUGCCCAGAGUUGAGGGGCUAUGGAAGGUGGGAGCCAGAGGCCAGGAUGCCUGGGUCCCCUGAGUUCCCAAAGGGAGGGGAACGAAGAUGGUGGACACAAGGGGUGAAGAGCUGGGGGUCCUCACAGAUGAGCACCCUCAGCUCCAGAAGUGACUGAAAGAUGGUAGUGAGGGCGAGAGGCCCCUGAGAACAGUGACUUGGUCCAGGUUUCAGCUUCAGAGAAGCCUGGGAAGGAAGUUUGGAGACUGGAGGGAGGGGGAUGUGAAGAGGGCAGAGGCAGGGCAGGGCCCCGGCACCCUCUGUUAGUACUGCAA